UAACGUGGACGAGUAGCGAGCCUCAUCAUCAAAUUCAAUCACACACCGGAGUUGGGAGAGAGAGGGUUUUUCGUCUAGGGUUUUACGAUUCGAUUCUUACUCUCUCUCAUUCAAUCUCUUCACUGAUUCCUCUUGGUAAAACCAACCACAAGGGUCUUCUCAAAAAUGUUACCCAGAUUAGGUCGACUCGUUACUCAAACCUCAAAGCUUCGAUCUUUAACCACAAAUGGACCGAUGAAAAAUCUCUCCUUUUUCUCGCGAUAUGGGUACGCCACUGUUGCUCCGGCGGAGACGGCGUCUGAUCCUCCACUCCACAAGGAUUUCCCUAGCAAAUCUUUGAAAGACUCUCCUCUCAGAAUUGAUGAACCAGACUAUGCUGGGAUCCGUCGUUUCAUACUUAAGAUGAUGAUGUUCUAUAGCAAACAGAGCAUGUCUAUCCGUGGGGCAAACGUGAUCUACAAGCGGAUCAUUGCACAAGUUGACAAACCAGCAAUCUAUGAUGUUUUCAACUUGGAGAAAACAUUUAAAAUUACAUUUUCGCUGCUUGUCCUUCAUAUGUGGCUUGUUUUACGCCGCCUGAAGGAAGAUGGACAGGAAGGUGUUGACCUUGGUCAAUAUGUCUAUGAGAUCUAUAAUCAUGAUGUGGAACUCAGGGUAUCUAAAGCUGGGGUUAACUUGCUGUUGGCCAAGUGGAUGAAGGAGUUGGAGCGGAUAUUUUAUGGAAAUGUUGUUGCCUAUGACGCCGCGUUACUUCCAGAAGCUAAACCAAAUGAACUACAAAUCAAAUUGUGGAGGAACGUAUUUUCUGAUGAUGGAACAACAACACCUGAUAACACGGAUUUAAAAGCAGCACAGGCAAUGGCAAGAUAUGUCCGGAGAGAACUUGGUUCUUUAUCUUUAACAGAUAAAGAGUCCAUAUUCUCAGGCAAUUUCUCAUUCACUCCUUUGGAGAGCAAGCCCCUGUGACUUGAAUGAAAUAGAGGAAGCUGUGGCGCUUUGCGAAUCAAUCUUUCAUUUAUUGCUCUCUUUUUAUAAGUUUUUAUAUCCAGCCAAUGAAACAUACACAAAGAGGAGGAUAUGCUGGUUGUUAGCAUCUAGAUGAUCAUGAAAACACUAUGAAAGUCGUCAAUAAGAUAACUGGAAUGGAGCAUCUGAUUGCAUUGGUACUUUAA